UGUUGGAACGGCCCGUAGGAUCCGAAGAUCCGAGGCUGCCCAAAGACUGAUAAGGAAUCUAAAAGGCCAAGAUGGAUUCUAAGCAAAAUUGCCACACAGAAGUCCACGGACCAGUGGCUGGCAUCUUCCUGGAAAAAACAGGAGAGAAGAUGACCAUAUAUCAAGCCAUGAAGAAACGCCUGCUUAAGCCAGGAACAGCAUUAGCCCUGCUUGAAGCACAAGCAGCCACAGGAGGCAUCGUAGACCCAAUAAACAAUCGAAAACUUCCUGUUGCAGAUGCCGUUAAGGAAGGAAUAGUUGGCCCGGAAAUGAAAGAGAAGCUCCUCACAGCAGAGAAAGCUGUCAGGGGCUAUUUAGACCCCUACACAAACCAAAUGAUAUCUGUAUAUCAAGCUAUGCAAAAAGAUUUAGUUUCAAGAGAUUAUGGAUUGAGGCUGCUGGAAGCACAAAUCGCCACACAAUGCUUGUUUGAUCCUGUUCAGAAGUCAAAUAUUUCAGUUGAAUCUGCAAUUCAAAAGGGCUACUAUGAAAAAGGUUUGCUCAAUGACCAGAUGUCAGAGCUGAAAGUGUUCUACAAUCCAAGCUUGCAAGAAAAUCUUAACUACCACAACCUGCUAGAGAAAUGCACGGUGGAGCCUGAUACAGGCUUGUUGCUCCUUCCUGUUUGUAUAACCUUCAAAGGUCUGCGAAGAGGUAUUUCCUCCACUGAACUCCUUGCAUCAAAGAUCAUUGACAAAGAAACCUUUGAUGACCUACAGAAGGGAAAGACCACUACACAGGAUGUGAUGUUGAUGGAAACAGUCAAAGAGUACCUGAAUGGCAAAGGCAGUAUCGCAGGCAUUGCUGUACUCUCGUCCAAUCAGAGAAUGAGCAUUUAUCAAGCCAUGAAGAAAGGCAUACUGAUGCCUGGAACAGCUCUUGUUCUACUAGAGGCACAAGCUGCGACUGGAUUCAUGAUUGAUCCUGUAGAAAACAAAAAGUUCACUGUGGAUGAGGCCAUCAAAAACAAAGUUUUUGGCCCAGAAUUUCAUGCAAAGCUGCGGUCUGCUGAGCGAGCAGUUACAGGAUACAAAGACCCAUACUCAGGUGAAACUAUAUCUUUGUUUCAAGCAAUGAAAAAAGAACUCAUCAUUAAGGAACAUGGAAUACGCCUACUUGAGGCGCAAAUCGCUACAGGUGGAAUAAUAGACCCAAUCAACAGUCAUAGACUACCAACGGAAGUGGCCUUCAAGAGAGGUUAUUUCAAUGAAGAAAUUAAUGCCAUACUACAGCAAACAGGAGAUGACACAAAAGGUUUCUUUGACCCAAACACAGAAGAAAAUCUAACUUACCUUCAGCUGAUGGAAAGGUGUGUCAUUGAUCCCAUCACUGGACUGUGCCUCCUUCCUCUCCUUGAUAAGUCAAACAAGCUAAAUUUCAACUUUAUUGACCAUCAAACUAAAAUGGCCUUCAAAGAGGAGAAGGUAAACGUGGUAUGUGGAAAGUACAUGGGAAAGACAGUAUCUCUGUGGGAACUCCUGAUGUCAGAAUACUUUGAUGCACACCAGAGGCAAGACAUCAUUCAAAAGUACAGAGAGAAGAAGCUCAAUAUCAAGACCAUUAUCACAAUGGUUCUGGAAAUCAUAGAAAAGUCUGUGAAAACAACAAAUGUCAUCUUUGAAGGCAUCAGAGAAAACGUCACAGCCAAACAGCUUGAGGAAGCAGAUAUCAUAAGUAAGGAGGUUCUGGAGGAUCUAAAAAAGGGAAAAGUGUCAGUGAAGGAUGUGAUAAAAGAUGAAAAUGUCAAUAUGUACCUACAGGGUAAAGAUAGCAUCGCAGGCAUUCUGCUUCCUGACUCUCAAAUCAUGACCAUCUACGAGGCCAAACAAAAAGGAAAGCUGAUGCCAGGAACUGCUCUGGUUCUACUGGAAGCACAGGCAGCAACAGGGUUCAUAAUUGACCCUAUUGGAAACAGGAAGUUUUCAGUGGAUGAUGCUGUCAAAGCAAAGAUAGUGGGGCCUGAUGUCUGUCACAAAUUGCGCUCAGCAGAGAAAGCGGUCACUGGGUACAAGAGUCCAUACGAUGGUAAAAUAAUCUCUUUGUUCCAAGCCAUGCAAAAAGAUCUCAUCGUAAAAGACCAUGGAAUUCGGCUCCUGGAAGCACAGAUUGCGACCGGUGGGAUUAUUGACCCAGUGAACAGCCAUCGCAUUCCUGUCCAUGUGGCUUAUAAGAAGGGAUACUUUAAUGAGGAAAUGAAUCAAAUCCUGAUUGAUCCAAGUGAUGACACCAAAGGAUUCUUUGAUCCCAACACUCUUGAGAACCUGACAUACUUGCAACUCAUGGCUAGAUGUGUCAGAGAUCCCAGUACAGGGCUAUGCCUCUUGCCACUCAAAAGCAAAAGUAGCAAAAUAUCCAUAGAUGACAAAAUAAGGGAAACGUUCAAAACAACAACAGUUACUGUGAAGUAUGGCAGGUUUAAUGGCAAGCACACAACACUGUGGGAUCUUAUCAAUUCAGAGUAUCUGACUGAGGCCAAAAGACAGGAGUUUUUCAAGCUCUUCAAGUCAAGGAAAAUCACAAUUGAGCAACUCAUUGUCACCAUUUUAGAGAUCAUUGAGAGUAAGGAGAUAAAACAGCAAACACGACUGAACGUUAAAAGUCUCAGAGGAGAGGUCUCUGUUGUGGAUCUUUUGGAGCUUGAAAUCGUGGAUGAAAAAACGUACAACAGUUUGAUUGAAGGAAAGAUGACAAGCACUGAUGUGAUGAAAAUGGAUGAUGUGAGAAACUACCUACAAGGGAAAAGUUGUGUGGCUGGGGUGAUCCUACAACCCUCCAAUCAGAAGCUGAGCAUCUACGAGGCACAUAGAGUUGGCAUUCUCACACCAGGCACUGCUCUUUGCCUCCUUGAAGCACAAGCAGCCACAGGUUUCAUUGUUGAUCCUGUGAAAAAUCAAAAACUGACAGUGGAGCAAGCUCUCAGAGAGAAGGUAAUUGGUCCAGAAAUGCAUGAAAAGCUUUUGUCUGCAGAGAGGGCUGUCACUGGUUACAUAGAUCCAUAUACUGGUCAAAAGAUCUCACUUUUCCAAGCUUUGCAAAAGGAUCUAAUUAUCAAGCAGCAUGGCAUCCGUUUACUUGAGGCCCAGCUUGCUACAGGUGGAAUCAUUGAUCCUUUGAAGUGUCUCCACUUACCCCUUAAAGUUGCAUACAGAAAAGGAUAUUUUGAUGCUGAAUUUUAUCAGAUCCUAUCAGACCCAACUGAUGACACAAAGGGCUUUUUUGAUCCAAAGACACAACACAAUCUGACAUACAUGGAGAUGUUGAGUAGGUGUGUAAAAGAUGAGGAAACAGGACUGCUUCUACUGUCAAUGAAUGACAAACCGAAAACUACAGAAACAAAGGCAACCAUGUACACUAACACUGACAUAAAGCAAGAGUUUGAAAAGACAGCUGUGAGCAUAUCGGUAGGACGGUACUCAGGAAAAUCUGUUUCACUAUGGGACUUGAUCCACUCUGGGUAUUUUACAGAGGAUCAGCAGCUUGAAUUCUUUGAUAAAUACAGAACAAAGAAGAUAAACACACAAACCAUAAUCACAUUAGUGAUUUCCACCAUUGAAAAACUGGAGAGUGAAACACACAAAACAAUAAUGGGCCUGAGAAAACCUGUCUCUGCUCAACAACUACUAGAUUCUGACAUAAUUGACGUAGAUACAUUCAAACAGGUGAAAGAAGGAAAACUUCCUCUUGAAGAAGUGAUCAAACGUGAACCUGUGAGAGGAUACCUGAAGGGAACUGGAAGCAUUGCUGGAAUUAAGGUUCAUCCAUCCCAGAAAGUAAUGAGCAUAUAUGAAGCAAAGAAGGAAGAUCUGUUGACACCUGGCACUGCAAUUGUACUGCUUGAAGCGCAGGCUGCAACAGGAUGGGUGAUUGAUCCUUUAAAAAACAAGUUCUAUGUUGUUGAUGAGGCAGCAAGAGAGAAAGUGAUCGGACCAGAUGUGCAUGAGCAACUUCUCUCAGCCGAACGAGCAGUCACUGGCUACAAAGACCCAUACACAGAUGCCACCAUAUCACUGUUUGAAGCAAUGAAUGAACAGCUGAUUGCAAGAAGUGAUGGCAUUCGUCUUCUCGAGGCACAGAUAGCAACUGGUGGAAUCAUUGACCCAAAUCAAAGCCACAGGCUACCUGUUCAUGUUGCUAUUAAAAAGGGAUAUCUAGAUGAAGAAAUAAGCAAAAUUCUGUCGAUCCCGACCGAUGAUGCAAAAGGAUUUUUUGAUCCAAACACCAAAGAAAACCUCUCUUACCUUCAACUGCUAAAGCGAUGUGAAAAGGAUCCAGAAACUGGGCUACUUCUUCUAUCCCUAUAUCAAGAGGAAUCCCAUGUAUUUCACACAGAUGAGCAAAUAGAGCUUGCUUUCAAAAAUAAACAGAUCGCAAUGGAUGCUGGAAAAUUUAAAAACAAAAAGGUGACAUUGUGGGAAGUGCUGGUCUCUGAAUACAUAUCGAAACAAAAAAGGGAACAGCUCAUACAACAAUACAAAACAAAAACCAUGACAAUAGAGGAGAUCAUUGAAAUACUCACUGUUAUCAUUACUGAGGUAUCAUCCAAAGAAAGAAAGUUCAAAGGACUAAGAAAGCAGGUCUCAGCCAGUGAGUUGUAUGAGUCAAAGAUUAUCUCAAAGGAACUUUUCACACAGAUAGUACAAGGAAAGGUAUCUGAAGAGAAUGUUGACAAAAUGGAAUCGAUUCAGAAGUACCUUGGAGCUACAAACUGUAUAGCUGGUGUCAGAGUUGAAUCUACAAAGAAAGUUAUGAGCAUCUACGAAGCCAAAAGCAAAAACCUGCUGACACCUGGUACUUCUCUGGUUCUGCUGGAAGCCCAAGCUGCCACUGGCUUUGUAAUCGACCCAGUAAACAACAAGAAACUUUCUGUAGAGGAGCUGUGGCUCAAGAGUGGUUGGCAGUGGUGGAAAAUAAACUGCUUUCAGCAGAAAGGGCUGUUACGGGAUACAAAGAUCCCUACACUGGAAAGACAAUUUCGUUGUUCCAGCCUUGACAAAGAUCUUAUUGUGAAGAUCAUGGAAUUCGUCUCCUAG